AUUAAAAUGUUUUUAUCCAUUGAAGCAGGAACUUAACCUCUGAGAAAGAAAGGGACCAAGAGAGAGGGAGAUAGGUCUUGUUUGGUUAAGAUGGGUGAAGCACUGAUACAGGUUCAAUCUACAGCAAUGGAUAAAACUGCUAAUGUGGUGUUGGAUAUUGAGAGCUUAGUACAAUCGACAGAUAAAAGCUCAGGAAGCCCAAAAAUGACUAGAAAACUUUCACGGAAAGGUUCUUGUCGGUUGGAGAGACGGUGUGAUGUUGAGGAGGAAGAAAUAGAUGAACCGUCAAAAAAGAUUCUUUUGAAAGUGUAUUCGCAGCUAGAGCCAUUGAAGCAGCCAUUGAUCACCAACAAAGCUAGCACAACAGCCACAACCACAGUCACCCUCAAUGGUCCUAAUCUCAUGGAGACAAGUGAUGGGCGGAGUAAGAAAUUCAAUCGCCUUAUAUCCGUCAAUCCAAGGAAGAUCCUUCUCUUCUUCGCAACAGUGUCCAGCAUGGGCACAAUGAUUCUCAUCUACUUCACGCUGGCCAUUAAAAGAAAGGUUGAACAUCAGAGUGGGUAGGUAAAGAACAUCAACAAUUUAUU